CGUUCCCUCCCCUCUCUCAGGCGCUCCAGUGAUGUACAGUUGGUGGAGCCCAGUACAGUAGCACAGGAACGCAUCUGCAGCGGAACGGCUGUGGGGGGCACGUGGUGUGCAGCCGGUGGUGUUUGCGCGGUGGAGGCGGGUCAGUGGGAGGCGGUGCGGCGGAGGAGCCGGUUCGGUUGCGGGGCACAGUUUGGGCAAUAUGGCGGCGGACGGAUGGAAAUACUGAUGACUGUCAGAAAAAUCGCCUCGAUUUGUACGAUGGGCGCCAAUGCCUCCGCUUUGGAAAAAGAGAUUGGGCCAGAACAGUUUCCCGUAAAUGAGCAUUACUUUGGCUUGGUCAAUUUCGGCAAUACUUGCUAUUGCAAUUCUGUUUUACAAGCACUUUACUUCUGUCGGCCAUUUCGGGAAAAGGUUCUGGCUUACAAGGUGCAGCCCAGGAAGAAAGAAAGCCUGCUUACGUGCCUCUCUGACCUCUUUAAUAGCAUAGCGACACAGAAAAAGAAAGUUGGUGUAAUACCACCAAAGAAAUUCAUAUCAAGAUUAAGAAAAGAAAAUGAAUUGUUUGAUAAUUAUAUGCAGCAAGAUGCACAUGAGUUCCUGAACUAUCUUUUAAACACGAUUGCUGAUCUAUUACAAGAGGAAAAGAAACAGGAGAAACAGAAUGGCAAGAUACAGAAUGGCAAUUUAGAAAGCGAGGAAAGUGAUAAAAUGGAACCAACCUGGGUACACGAAAUAUUCCAAGGAACACUAACAAACGAAACAAGGUGUCUUAAUUGUGAAACGGUCAGUAGCAAAGAUGAAGAUUUUUUGGACCUUUCAGUUGAUGUAGAACAAAACACUUCAAUAACCCAUUGUUUAAGAGGAUUCAGUAACACUGAGACAUUGUGCAGUGAAUAUAAAUACUACUGUGAGCAGUGUCGUAGUAAACAAGAAGCGCAAAAGAGAAUGAGAGUGAAGAAACUACCAAUGAUACUUGCUUUGCAUUUGAAACGUUUCAAAUACAUGGAUCAACUCCAUCGAUACACUAAACUCUCUUACAGGGUGGUUUUUCCCCUGGAGUUGAGGCUCUUUAACACAUCGGGGGAUGCCACCAAUCCAGACCGAAUGUAUGAUCUUGUAGCUGUAGUUGUUCACUGUGGCAGUGGGCCAAAUCGUGGACAUUAUAUCACCAUUGUAAAGAGCCAUGGAUUUUGGUUGCUCUUUGAUGACGAUAUUGUGGAGAAAAUAGAUGCUCAAGCAAUUGAAGAAUUCUAUGGGUUAACAUCAGACAUUUCCAAAAACUCAGAAUCAGGUUAUAUUCUUUUCUACCAAUCAAGGGACUAAGAAAUUUAAAGUAGGAAUUACUUGUCAUCCUGAAGGAAGCUGGUUCUCAACAGCAUUCUCCACUAAUGUGGUGGGACUGAAUCCAGCUAAAGAGAAUGAUGAACAGCAAGGAUACUUUGGUUUGCAGGCUGAGAGUAUGAAUGUAUGCUGACAGCAUGACGGCACAAGACAUUUGUGUUCCUUACCACUCUCUUCCUGUUGCUAUGUAUCAUCUUCCAAAAUCAUUGUACACUAUUUAGGUGAAAAAAAAAGGCAAGUUGGUCCAACUGCUUUUUCUGGUAACUUUUUUUAAAACUGGUUUUCAAUAAUAUAAUUUGACUUUUUUAAGCAUAUUUGACACUACUGUAAAUUAUUUAGUUAUUAAUGUAUUAAGUCAAUUGAUUUCAGCAUUGAAAGCAUUCUGAUAUGGCAAGAACAUUGAUUAUUUUUUUAAAAACCCUAAUUCUGAAAGUUUUGUUUAAGAUUUAAUUUUUUAAUAGAAUGCAUUCUAUUAUUUCUACCCCCAUCAAAAUUAUGGGGGUUCAAUUAUGAUCACUAUUGAAUUUUUAUGCUUAUGAAGCACUGAGGCAUAUUGGCUUGCAGUAGAACUAGUGUGAUCAGGGCUAUAUUUGACAACAGGUGCUGCUGAAUCUUUAAUUCUUGCAACAAACUAAACAAAAUUAUGCAUAUAUAAAGUUGUGAGAAGUGAAUGAAAUUUAAUACCUAUGUAAGUUUAUUCUAAUUUGGAGAUGUCUUGAUCAAUUUUUAUUUUACUCCACCUCAGCUCCAGCUGGCUUAAAUUCUCCCCAUCCUCUCUCCACAAACUAGUAAAUGAACACUCCCUUGGUGACCAGUGGGCCAAGUACAGUGUUAAUGAUGACACUGUGAACACAAGCUCCAGCUUCUGUAAUGGAAAGUUAUUCAGGUCAUUAGAGACAUGUAUUUUGUAUAUUGUGUUCAACAUUUUUACAAACGAAAAGUAUGUGAUUUGAAAACUUGCAGGAUAUACUAUUGUGCAAGACGUACUAUUGAUUGAAAACCUGUUACAAAGUGCACUUUUGAUACAGAUUUAUAAGUAUCUGAACAGGCAUAACUUAUGAGGUGUGUUUUGACACAGUCUUGUAUUCCAAGGAUGCUGCCUGUGUUGAAUAAAGGUAACAAAUGGUCCAAAAGAGAUUCUGAAGUGAUUCUGUGCAGUAUAUAUAAAGUGGCCAAUUAAGGCUCUGGUUUAAUGAAUGGACUUCAAUUAGCAGUUGUUUGUUGUAUCUUCCUGUUUCUGUUCCUUUUAGCCUUUCAGUGCCUUGCACCAUGCCCAUCAACAGAGCCAACUGACUCUUAAGUCCGUACCACUGUAACUUGGAACAAGUUCCUUGGAAUGGUUAUAGGCCCUCCGUGCCACCAUGUGGUACAAACCAUUGAAGCUUCAGCACAUUCUAUUGCUUUGAAUUAUCUUAAUAUUAAACUCUCUCAUGUUAGCUGUGAAGUGUACAGCACGUUGAACUGUGGUGUGAAUUGUUUCCAAACAUGUCUUUCUCUGUGAUAAUUGUGAUGAUGCUAACAAAGGAAAAACAGAUUGAUGUAGAAUAAGCAUUCAGUGGCUAAGAUUACUCCUCAUUGUACCCAGCUGGGAUAAAAUCCACUGCUCUUAGCUUACUUGCAUCAUAUAAUGGGAACAACCAAACAGACAUUGUUGCAGGACAAAGUGCAGCAGGUUUAUUAGAACUUGCUGUUAUAUUGUUCUGCAUUCAGGAUUGCCUAAAACUAAUGUUUUAGGAUAAUCAUUGGAGUUGAGAUAUUUUUCCUGAAUUGUUGUUUGAAUAUGAUCAGAAAAAUUAGUUUUGAUGGAAGUAACAGUCACAUCCACACAAGUCUAUUAAAAAGCUCUGGGGUAAAUUAAUAUCACUUAAUUUACCAUGCUCUUUCCAGAGGAAAAUAGUUUCCAUUAUUUUUAUACUCGAAUGAAUAGAUCUAAGCGAGCAAUGGAUAGUGGAUAUUAUGCAAGGUCUGUAAUAAUUGCAAUCAAUACAGUUUUAAUUUUAGCAAUAUUCUUAAGUGAUGUCCUCUCAUCAGAUCCUGGUUCUGCUUAGAAAAUGGGUGCACUCAGAAUCCUCAUUUGCAUGUGUGCAAAACUUUGUUCUUGUAUUGUUCUUUUGUAACUACAUCAAUAAAUUCAAGAAUAUUGCAUAAGUAAUUUUUUUUCUAAAAUGUACUCUUCAGUCUAUCUCAAAACUGUAUGAAUAUUAUUUUCCACAUCAAUAGCCUUAAAUAUUUUUCUUUAAUUUUUUUUACCAGAUACGGUAAGUUGCUAUUCACAAUGGUUCUUAAAAACAUUCAGUGGUAAUAAUCUUUAUAUCAAUAAAUGCUUAUCUGUCAUUUCAAUCAAUUUUUUCCAGUCAUACUCUUAAGCUACUCCAAAAAUAAAUUGUGUGCUGCAAAUUACACUCCUUUGUAAUGUGCUCUAAAGCUGUGAUGUGUUAGUACAUGCAAAUAUGAUCACUACAUCUCUCAACCAUUUGAACUAGAAAUAGAGCUAGCAAACUUUAACCUGCUGAGUUAGCACAGCAGUUUUGAACCAGAAUAUGAUCCUAUAGGCUAGCAAAAAAGAUAAUGCUUAAGUGUUUGAGUACAUUUUUCUGCUGAGUUCACCGUGACAUUUUUAUUUACUUUUCAGUUAUCACUCUGCCUUUUUGAGCAACUUCCAUGACCUUGCAGUUAGCAUGCCAAUGCAGCAGGAUUUCUAUAAGCAGUGCAGCUCAUAUUUUCAGAUGACUGCAUCCUCACAUCCACCUUAACUGCUUUUGGCACCUUGUUAGCAGAAAUCUUAGGAUCAGUAUUGUUGGCUCCUGGUUGAGAUUCCGGGAAGACUGGGCAAUUAGAUUGAUGAAUAAAAUGGGCAAGAUCCAAUGGAAGUGGUGGUGGCAGCAGAUUUGGUUAAGAUUUCCUUUUGGUUACACUGUUGUGUAUUUCUUCAGAAGUUUAUCAAAUCCCCAUUUAAUUUAUUUAGGCUACUGAUGAUGAAGGUUCUUGAUGGUUGGGGCAAGUGUAGGGAGUGUGUUGGGAGAAAACAGCAUUCCUCUUCCUAGUGUCAAUACCAAACAGUACUAAACUUGGGUGCAGCAGAGUAAGGAGUACUUAAA